AUGAAUGAUGGCAUCAACAAACUAACAUCUGUGGAAAGUGAAUAUUUGGAAAAGAGCGGGAAAAAAAGAAGACAGAAAAUAUCUAUAUCCUAUGAUGAUAUAUCUAUGCAUUGUGAAGUGGCCCCUGAACAAAAUGGGGAAUCUAUAGUACUAGAGGCAAUGAAUUCGAAUAAGGAUUUUAUUUACAAAAAUGAAAAUGUAAAUAGCAACAAAAAGGGAGAAAUUGAGAACUCUACAUGUGUAGACAAUAGUGAAGAAGAUCAUGCAAAUCGAGAAAUAGAGGAAGAAGAUUAUGAAACAAUGGAGGUAAUAAAACAGCUGAGUUCUAUUCAUAUAGAAUCUGAUACGGAUGAUUCUGUGGGUGGGGACAAAGUGGCUUAUAAUAAAAAGGAUAAUUCUCCCAAAAAAAGAAACAGAAAAAAAAGAGGAAAAAACAAAAUUACACAUUUUUAUGAUAAUUCAGACGUUGAAUGUGUGGAAGACGCAGUCGUGUAUGACGAAUCCAAGGACACGGAAUUUCCCGAUUUGCAAGAACUCUUUACAGAAUAUAAUGAAAAGUAUUUUUUUAAUAAAUUGCAAACGGUACAAGUGAAGUGGAGUAAUAAAAUGAAGUUGUGUGCGGGGAUAUGUGUAUUUAAGAAAUCAGGCUAUUGUUGCAUUCGCUUGUCGCUCCCACUUUUAAAGCUGAGGAAAAUAAAAGAAUACAGGGAAACCUUACUACACGAAAUGAUUCAUGCAUUUCUCUUUUUAACGAGAAGUAAUGCACGACAUGAUGGACACGGUCCGGAAUUCAAAAAAAAUAUGUAUAGGAUAAAUAAAGCAACCGGGUUGUGUAUCACUAUAUAUCACAGCUUUCAUAAGGAAGUAAACUUUUACAGGAACCAUGUCUGGAGAUGUACAGGUGUGUGUAGAACGCAUGCUCCUCACUUUGGAUAUGUCAAAAGAUCAAUGAAUAGGCCACCCGGACCCAAAGAAAAGUGGUGGAGAAGACAUUCAUCUUACUGCCGUGGCAAUUUUGUCAAAAUUGAUCAAGUAGAAUCAUCAAAGAAUGUUGAAUUAGUAGAUUUUAAUUCCACAGAAAAGCAUUCAAAUGCACUUGGAAAAGCGUUAGACUCUAUAAGCGUAAAGAAUAAGAAGACAAGGGCGAAAGAUAACUUUGAAAAAAGGGUAGAUAACGUAGAAGAAGAAAUAAUGAACGAUGCAAUAGUCAUCUUAGAUUCGAAAGAACACACAUUUGAAAAACAAAAGGAAGUUGAUGAAAUGGACAUAAUCAAUUUAAUUAAAAACUUGUUCAGUGACAACAAAAAUAAAGUAUGGUCCUUCCCAGACAUUUCUGUUGAUUACCAGAAGGCGUUUAAAAGUGAAAAUUAUUUUGAAAUAGACUGA